AUCAUGGGAAGGGAAACCUUCCUGUGCUAUAGCGAUUAACGCAUGUCCCCAUUGCUGAUUCCCCCGCCUUGUGUGACCUAGUCAACCCCAUGAAAUCCUCUGCUAAUCUUGCCCCCUAGUGCGCCCGCCCGCCCGCCCUCCCCUCCUCCCUCCCUCCCUCUGCUCACCUCCUCUCGAAUCACCUGUACGAUGUGUCUCCUGCAUGUGUGCGCGCUCGCGGACGGUCUCUCUUUCCCUCUGCUCAGACGUUUGUGUUUUGGUGCUUGUUUUUGUUGUUUUUUUUUUGGGGGGGGGGGGUUCUCCUUUCUGAAUGAGUUCAGAUGUAUGUUCUCCCGAUCUCUCGCCUCCCUGAGCCGUGAACAGUUGGGGCUGAUCUGGUGAAACCAUGCAUCGUCUGCUCUGCGCUCAUGUGUUGCUCUGCUGCGUCAGUGUGGCCCGCUCCUUCUGUCCUUCCCAGUGCACCUGCGUGUAUCACGGACGGAGCGACGGAACAGGCACCAGGUCCGUGCUGUGCAACGACCCGGACAUGUCUGACAUCCCCGUGAACGUUCCGGUGGACACGGUCAAGCUGCGCGUGGAGAAAACGGGCAUCCGGCGAAUCCCUAAAGAGGCCUUUUACUACCUGACUGACCUCCGGUAUCUCUGGAUCACCUACAACUCAGUUUCCGCCGUGGAUUCUGGGAGUUUCUACAACCUGAAGUUUCUCCACGAGCUCAGGCUGGACGGUAAUGUCAUCUCCACCUUCCCCUGGGAGUCCCUCAAGGAGAUGCCCAUUUUGAGGACGCUGGAUUUGCACAACAACAGGCUGACGAACGUGCCGGUCGAAGCAGCCCACUACCUGUUGAACAUAACUUACCUGGACCUGUCCAGCAACAAGCUGACGACGCUCCCUUCAGACCUCGUGGAUAUCUGGCCUCCGUUUAACGGAGCGACGGUCACCUCCGCCGUGUCCCAGAAGGUGGUGCUUGGGCUCCAGGACAACCCGUGGUUUUGCGACUGCAGGAUCUCUAAGCUGAUCGAGCUCUCGAAAAUGUCAAACACGCCGGUGGUUCUUAUGGACCUCUUCCUUUCCUGCAGUGGACCUGAAGGCCUCGCUGGAGUCCUGUUUCAACGGGCUGAACUGGACCAGUGCCUGAAGCCGUCAGUCAUGAUCUCAGCCAACAAGAUCACAUCUUCCCUGGGAAGCAACGUGUUGCUGCGUUGUGACGCGACGGGCUACCCCACUCCCAACCUCUUCUGGACCAAGUCAGACGGCUCAUUUGUCGCCAACUCAGUUGUACAAGAGUCACCCGGUGAGGGAGUGCGAUGGUCCAUCAUCAGCCUGCAUGGGAUCUCGUACAAAGAUGCCGGGGACUACAUCUGCAAAGCCAAGAACGUUGCUGGAAACGCUGAUGCCACAAUAACAGUAUCUGUGGUUGGAUUAGUGACCACCACCAGUACACCACUGAAGACGGUCCCGGUCAACCACACCAGUCCACUCAUCGCCCUCACCAGCCUCCCCAGCUCCACGACAACCCCAUCCACCACCAUUCGAGCACUGACCACACCUCCACCCACCCUGUUGAAGAAGACUGCCAACCAGCAGGUGGGAUCAGCCAAACCUGCCAGGAUCCUGCAGGGAGGUGGCGGUAAGAAGCUGGCCGCAGACGAGAAGAGCACCAAGAAGGAACCUUGGAAGUCCGUCAAGGACCUCAAGGUGGUCGAGGAGACGACAGACAGCGCCGUGCUGCUCUGGGCGGCCGACGGCUUGCCCAGCGACACCCUGCUCACGGUGGUUUACUCUGCUGACGAAGAGGAAGACACCAAAAGAACCAUGGACACGGUGGCCAGAAGCGGGAAGGUCCUGCUGGAGGGCCUCACGCCUGGACUGAGAUACUCCGUUUGCCUGGUGGCCAAGGGGAGCUCCGCGGGGAAAGACCCCUGCACAGAGUUCUACACCCUGGAAGUCCUCGAUGACGAGGGCCAAAACAAGUUGUUGAUGAUCGUGAGCGGCAUGGCCUGCGCUGUGGCCUUGCCUCUCAUCAUCCUGCUGGUGUACAAGAUCCUGGCACUCUACUGCAACAGGAACAACACGACCCUGGAGGACGACGAGCUGGAGAAAGAGAGCUACGUGAAGUUUGAGACACUCACGCUGAAACAGAGGACCGCGCUUCCCAACGAACACUGGGCGAGGAGACAGACUCACGAGUCAGAGAGGAUGCUGCUCUGCUCCAGGUCCAGCAUCGACUCUCAAAUGACCUACAAGAGCGACAGCUCCCGAUCGGAGUUUCUAUGCUGACGGACGUCAGGAUUAACAGCUGACAGCUGUGAGCAAGCAUCAACAGCUAUGCUAAGAGUUAAGAUACUCUGGAGAUCUUUCAAUAUACUCUUUUUAUUCUUAUUUUUUUAUAUGAAUGGCUGGAUACAUAACUACUGAUUGUCGGAGCCUUGUUUAUAUGAGAACUUUGACAACAUUGUUGUUGUGCCACACCUACAUACGUCUAUAAAAUCUGUUGUUUUGUUUACUGUAAUCUAUAUUACAUUACAUUUUGUUUACUGUAAUCUAUAUUACAUUACAUGCCAAAUGUCUUGUGAAACAGCAUAUCUGGUUUAGGUCUGUUUUAGGUGUACACAUUUUACUCACAGUCCAUAAAUCUGUUUGUGACAGGUACCACUUGCUCAAGGUUUAAGCUGUAAGCUCAUUGUUGCCUUACUCUACAAAAAUGCAAUUCUAUUUUGACAUUAUAUUUGACCAUCUGAGUAAAGUUUGUGUACAUUUUGUUUAUAUUUAUAUACAGAAAUUAUAUUGUACACUUAUUUUUAAUUAAAGCAAACUGUAUUUGGAGGUAA